CAGAGAAGUGAAGUGACUUGUCCAGCUAUGAGAGAGAAAGCCAGGAUUUGAAAACAGGUGAAGAUGCUGAGGCCCAGAGAGAGGAAGUGACUUGCCUGGUGUCACACAGCAGGGUGAGGUGGAGCAGGGCCUCUAGUCCAAAACCCUCGACGGCGCUGGUGUUCGUGCUGAGACCCCAGGCUGCUUCCCAGGUCCUCUGGGACAGCGCCCACCUCCCCCCAGCAGGACCAUGGGCAGCAACAAGAGCAAGCCCAAGGAUGCCAGCCAGCGGCGCCGCAGCCUGGAGCCUGCCGAGAACGCCCAUGGAGGUGGCGGGGGUGCCUUUCCCACCUCACAGACCCCCAGCAAGCCGGCCUCCACCGAUGGCCACCGUGGCCCCAACACGGUCUUCUCCCCUGCCGCUGCUGAGCCCAAGCUCUUUGGAGGCUUCAACUCCUCAGACACGGUCACCUCCCCGCAGAGGACGGGCCCGCUGGCCGGUGGCGUGACCACCUUUGUGGCCCUCUAUGACUAUGAGUCAAGGACAGAGACUGACUUGUCCUUCAAGAAAGGGGAGCGGCUCCAGAUUGUCAACAACACGAGGAAGGUGGAUGUCAGAGAGGGAGACUGGUGGCUGGCCCACUCGCUCAGCACAGGCCAGACGGGCUACAUCCCCAGCAACUACGUGGCACCUUCAGACUCCAUCCAGGCUGAGGAGUGGUACUUUGGCAAGAUCACCAGGCGGGAGUCAGAGCGGUUACUGCUCAAUGCCGAGAAUCCAAGAGGGACCUUCCUCGUUCGAGAAAGCGAGACCACGAAAGGCGCCUACUGCCUCUCGGUGUCCGACUUCGACAACGCCAAGGGCCUCAACGUGAAGCACUACAAGAUCCGCAAACUCGACAGCGGCGGCUUCUACAUCACCUCCCGCACCCAGUUCAACAGUCUGCAGCAGCUGGUGGCCUACUACUCCAAACACGCCGAUGGCCUGUGCCACCGCCUCACCACUGUGUGCCCCACGUCCAAGCCUCAGACUCAGGGCCUGGCCAAGGAUGCCUGGGAGAUCCCCCGGGAGUCGCUGCGGCUGGAGGUCAAGCUGGGCCAGGGCUGCUUUGGAGAGGUGUGGAUGGGGACCUGGAACGGCACCACCAGGGUGGCCAUCAAAACCCUGAAGCCGGGCACAAUGUCUCCAGAGGCCUUCCUGCAGGAGGCCCAGGUCAUGAAGAAACUGAGGCAUGAGAAGCUGGUGCAGCUGUACGCGGUGGUGUCAGAGGAGCCCAUCUACAUCGUCACGGAGUACAUGAGCAAGGGGAGUUUGCUGGAUUUUCUCAAGGGGGAGACGGGCAAGUACUUGCGGCUGCCUCAGCUGGUGGACAUGGCUGCUCAGAUCGCCUCCGGCAUGGCAUACGUGGAGCGGAUGAACUACGUCCACCGGGACCUCCGAGCAGCCAACAUCCUGGUCGGCGAGAACUUGGUGUGCAAAGUGGCUGACUUUGGGCUGGCCCGACUCAUCGAAGACAAUGAGUACACAGCCCGGCAAGGCGCCAAGUUCCCCAUCAAGUGGACAGCUCCGGAAGCUGCCCUCUACGGCCGGUUCACCAUCAAGUCAGAUGUGUGGUCCUUUGGGAUCCUGCUGACGGAGCUCACCACAAAGGGGCGGGUGCCCUACCCUGGGAUGGUGAAUCGCGAGGUGCUGGACCAGGUGGAGAGGGGCUACCGGAUGCCCUGCCCGCCAGAGUGUCCCGAGUCCUUGCACGACCUCAUGUGCCAGUGCUGGCGGAAGGAGCCGGAGGAGAGGCCCACCUUCGAGUACCUGCAGGCCUUCCUGGAGGACUACUUCACGUCUACCGAACCCCAAUACCAGCCCGGAGAGAAUCUAUAGGGAGCAGGCGGCGGGCCAGGCUGGCUUCUUGGCUUGGCUGUAGGGCUGGGUGGCCCCCGACAGGGGUCUUGCCGCUCUCUGCCUGCCCACGGUGAUCCUCUCGGAGGGACGAGGCCCCUCCCUCUUUUGUGGCAUGGAUGGGCCUGGGGCCUGGGGCCGCCCACGAGGGUGGGGUCCAAGGCAAGCACAGUGACUGUGUCCUGGCUCCUGCCCCAGCCACGUCCUCCUCCCUGCAUUCCCCCCUGGGGCUCGUGUCUCAGCAGGAGGAACUGGGAAGGGGCUGAGGGCGCUCUCUCCAGCCUCGGCCUGCUCCAUGCAUCGGCUCCUGCCUGCCCUCCAGGCUGCCCCAGGUCUGUCUGCAGAGCUGCCAAAGCGCCUUUCCAAAGAGGCCUGCCUGCCAGUCUGCCCCUGGCCACCCAUUUCUGAGACACCUGUUGGUGGGGGCCACCGGGUCCAGACCCCUCUGUCGCAGCUCCCAGGCUGGAUAGCCUGAGACCGAGCUUGCGCUGAGGAUGGUGGUUGGGUGGGUACCCCCUUCAAGGACUUGAGGGACCUUCGACACCAAGUCUUGUUCCCCUGGCAGUCGUGGGCAAAUGAGCCCAGAGAGGAAUGUGACUUGUCCAAGGCCACAGAACAGUUCAGGUUGAGGUGGGAUUGGAUCUCGGUGCUCCCUCUGUCUUCCUCAGGAACCAACAAGAUUGUGCUCAGAGGCAUCAUUGACGGACAGGGCACCCAAGACUUGGGGCCUGAGGGUGGGUUAGAGAUAGCUGAGAGAGUCCCAUUGCCACUGUCUACUGGGCGGGGCUGUUGUGGCAAGAGAGAGUGGAGGGUGGUGGGGGCUGGGCUAGGAAUGAGGGGCCAGGGUGCGGGUUACGGAGACAGCUUCAUUCAUUCAUGGGUGGUCUUCAGCCUUCGGAGAUGGUCACCCAUGAGCAGGAGUGAGCGCCUUGACUCUGGUGGCAACCAAGCAGAAGGAGAGGAUCCAAGUCAUCGGGGGGCCCUGGCCCUGGCAGCAGGAAGCUACCCCAAGUUUUUCUCCCCCAAUUUGUCCUGUGCCAUUUCAAUGUUCUCCUCCUCAAGCGGGCACCCCGUGAGCUCAUGAGUAGGAAAGGGGGCGCCUAGGUCGGGAGGCGCGGCCACCAGGAUGUCCACUGCCAUGGACACGUGUGCCAGGGCGCGGUGAGACCUCGUGGGUCCCCCGCUCCGCUCUGCCUCCGUGGUCUGCGCAGCCGCCCUGCUCUGGAGCGGGCCCUGUGGCCUGGUGAGCCCGCUCGGGGCGGAAGGCGGCUGUUGUGACCCCAGCUCUGCUGUUCAAUUUCGGGGUAUGUGGUGGCUUCUCCCUGAGCCCCUGUGCUGAAAGGGACGACUGGCAGUUUCUGAGCAUCUUGCCAAGGGCCCCUUUGUGUUCGUGUGUGUGUGUGUGUGUGUGUGUCUCCAUGUGUGUCCAUAUUUAACAUGUAAAAAUGCCCCUACUCUGUCCCCAAGACACGUUGUACAUUUCACCCACAGCCCCCCAUCAUAGCAAUAACAUUCCUGCUGCCAGGGGUUCUAGAGCCAGCUGGGCCCUGCCAGCAGGGAAGGAGGCCAAGUGGUGCCUGCCUAUGAAAUUCCAGCUUUUCCUUUCACACAUGUCUGUUACCCAAGCCUGUCCCAGUCCAGUCUGGGCUUGCCUACCCCACUGUGCUCUCAGAUCCCCUCCACUUGGCAAGGCCCUUUCUGUAAGACGGCCUAAUACUGUCCUUUUUUUUUUUUUU